GUGGUUGUUUUGUGUCUCCUUCUGGUUUCCUUGUGUCUCCUUAUGGUUUCCUUGUGUCUCUUUGUGGUUGUUUUGUGUCUCCUUAUGGUUUCCAUGUGUCUCUUUGUGGUUGUUUUGUGUCUCCUUCUGGUUUCCUUGUGUCUCCUUAUGGUUUCCUUGUGUCUCUUUGUGGUUGUUUUGUGUCUCCUUAUGGUUUCCAUGUGUCUCUUUGUGGUUGUUUUGUGUCUCCUUCUGGUUUCCUUGUGUCUCCUUAUGGUUUCCUUGUGUCUCUUUGUGGUUGUUUUGUGUCUCCUUAUGGUUUCCAUGUGUCUCUUUGUGGUUGUUUUGUGUCUCCUUCUGGUUUCCUUGUGUCUCUUUGUGGUUGUUUUGUGUGUCUUUGAGAGAGACGUUUUGCAGGUGAAGUUAGGGGGUUGAGGUUGACACUUCCUCCCUCGGCCUGUUCAGUAACCCAUCGAUUGGUUGAUGAAGUUACCUCAGUAUUUGCUCUGCACCCUCCAGGUCUCCCCCCCCCCCCUCCCAAGUCCCGUGCCAUGGCCGACUCAAGCUGGUGGAAGCUGACCUUCUCCCGCAAGAAGAAGUCCGAAUCCAAAGUCCUGUACGAGAUCCCCCCGGAGCACGGCAGCAACACCGCCCACAAGGAGCACGCCUCCAGCGGCGACCCCUCUCCGGACCGCAUGGACAGCGAGUUCAGCGCCAGGCUGGAGAAGAUCGUGGAUAAAUCUGCCACCAAGGGCCGCCACGUCAAGGUGUCCAACUCCGGACGCUUCAAGGAGAAGAAGAAGGUCCGCGCGACGCUGGUGGAGAAGCCGGACCUGUUCGCCGAGCACAAGCUCAGCGACGAGAACCACCAGAAGAAGACGGACAAAUAAGUGAGACGAACCCUCCGAGGACGGGGAGAAACACACACGAGCGCAACCAUGCGGGGCCACGUGUGCACAGGUGGACAAACAGUUGUCCCCGGGACGGCAGGUGGAACCGAUGGAGACGCACCUGAACACACACAGGACUGGUGCUGGAGACAUCACGUCUCAUCCUGUCUCACACUGUUUAUUGAUCUGCGUGAAGUAAUGCAAGGAACCGAGGCGUUGUUGUGAAUUCACUUUGUAUUUUUUAUGAAGCAUGCAGAUUUCUUUCGAUUUCAAGCCUCUUUGUUUUUGUC